GUCCAGCGUACCAUUGGUAAGUGUCGGUGUGUGUGUGUGUGUGUGUGUUUCUGUGUGUGAACUUUUGUGUCGUGAGGGUGGCGCUGAUGCUAUCGCCCGUAAAGAUGGCCAGUUUCGGGGGUGCCAUAUCGUACACCUGGCGUGUCUUUACCCUAUCUCCGGCGCGCGGAACAUCAACAUAAACCAACCGACAAGGACCGGACACUCUCCCGUGGCGAAAGGUGUUACUGUUGGGCUUACGGAAGGUGUGAAUUUUGCCAGCUCUUGCCGGGGGCUUUUAAAAACCGGGCUCAGCGAACUGCGAAAAGGGGCAUCGCGGUGGCGGUCCCUGGGCGAAGAAUCGCCAUUGGUUUGAGUGCUUCCAGGAAUAGGAGCUAGCCGGUCCUAGCGUGAAACUUUGCGCUGGAGCAGGAUUGGUCGGGCCGUUUUUAUCUAGGCGGAAGAUCAGUUUUGGUACGGUUUGGAACGAAGUAACAGCAAUGUUGCUGUUGCCCGUAUGCGAUUGCAUUAGCUAUGGUUUUGUGUAACAUCCUGUGCAGUAACAAGGCGCACUACUCCUACAAGUUAUUAAUAUCAUCACCCCGAAUGAGAUCCGACCAUGGAAUAAGAUCGCCAAUUUCCAAUUGGAAUCUCUCUUAGUAUUUCCAAUUGCUUUCCCAAGGACGUGAAACGGUCCUGAAAUAACUUCUCAAUCAACCUGACACUCGGAACGACAGCACACCUUGGCAGCGAACGAAUCUAGCUGUUUACAGGGUUUCUCUCUUUAUGUUUGAAAUACUUUUUGUCAUCACAGAUUCAUCACAGAAUCUUACAGAUGGUUUGAAGUUUGAGUUUAAGAACCAUUUGUUUGAGAUAGAGUAAAUAUUCAUGAUACAAUUGAGCCAUUUUUUUCAUAAACUUGUUCUUUGACAGAGACAAACGGUUCCCCUUCUGUAAGAUUCUAAAUGCCUAAAAUCAUUAUGAACUAUAAAAAUAAACCCAUUUCCAGUAGUUUGUUGUUUAUUAUCACAAUCGCAAUUUGUAUACCCAAUUGUGUUGCUUCCCACUACCAUGUUUGCAAGUGGAGUAAAGAAACCCUGUCUCAAUCUUGAUACUGCUUCCUUAAUAGGCCAAAGUUUGUGUUUAAAUCAAUAGUUAAAGCAUUGCCCACUUUCAUUGUUUCAAAACUCAUAACUACAGCUGCAGAAAGAAUUUCAUUGUAAAGGAAGAAAAACAGGCUCAUAGUAGAUUCGAUUCGUUGCUCGUACUGUAUCAGAUCAACAACAUACCCACGGCUCCAUCAGGCCAGCUGGCGGUGAAGCCCGCUAAUACGCAACUACAAUCAAAUCCUGCUGCGGUACAAAAAUGUUACAUUGUUAUUUCCGCACAACUGAUUGUUCAAAUGAAAUAGCAAACGGUCGCCUAAAGUACCUUCGAAAACAAAAGGUUCCGCUUCCGUGCCAAAACUAACAGCGUUUCUCGAUCAACAAUACAUACAUACACACUGAAAAGCUGCAACCAACCAAACAGUCGCAACCCAUAUUUGCGAAAGGAUGUUACGAACAACAUCCCGUGAAGCGCAGGGUAAACUACAACGUUACCGUGUUUCCCUUCCCAUCCCCGCAUCCCCUUACCCUUCCACCUUGCUGUACGGUAUCUGUUGCGAAACUUACAAUGCCCCCGCCCGUAGCCCCCGCUUUGUUUAAGGGGCACCCGCAACAAAAUUGCGCUUGCGGAAACGGAAAAGCCUACCACCUACCCCCGGUUCCAGCUCGCUGCCAACACCUUACCAGUGCAGACCCAGGUGGGUUAGGAUAAGAAGCAUUGACUCCCCUCCGCCCCGAGAGGCACGAUAAUUUCCCUGACAGUAUGGAUUAUACAAACUCCCGCCCUCCCGGAAAAGCCCCGGCAGGGGAAGCGCGAAAGCCGAACCGCGACCGUGGCAAUCGAUUUGGGAGUAUUGUUGAUUUGCCACCCCGAGUUUGUGUGUGUGUGUGUUUUGUUUUGUUUAGGUCAUCCCCUCCGCCUGCCCGUGCCAAUUUCAGGCGUAGCACGUUCCCCCAUGGGCACGGACCCUAGCAAAGCGCACUGGCGCAAAGUGCUGCUACGCUACAAUCAUAAACUGUGCAUAGAAAUGUCUGCUCCUGGUAAUAUCCACAGCUCAUAACUGGGGUACCAACUCCUUCCCCUGCCUUUCUAUAUUCCAGCAUAACCCAUAAAUCAGCCCAUCGGAGGUUUCGUUCGUUCGGAUGGAGCUGGCAGGGGCCUAAGCCUCAAUUCCCGCGCUCGGCGCAACUCAAUCCAUCGGAAUGGUGGAUCGAUUACGACGAAACUCCCUUUCGCACUCCCUCUCUCUCUCUCUCUCUCUCUCGCACACACACACACACUAUCUCAUUCACUCACACUCCUUUUUUGUACCAGUCCAAAGGCAAGGUGGACCAACAUUUUGCACAUACACGCAGGAGCGAAAAAAACGCCCGCCUCCAGGGAGUCACAAACAAGGCGAGGCAUAACGAGCCGCGCCACGAGCAGUGUGCAAUAAAUAGGCAGAAGAGUGUUUUGACUUUUCACGGGGCGGCGGCAGACAGGGCCAGAGGUGGAGGGGGAUGGGGGGCGAAUGGUACCGCAUUCUACCGAUAGAAAUGGGUCCGCCCGGACCCGGAAGCAGCUCAUUCGGCGAUUGCCCGUUGGCGAAUGCAGGAGGCCAACGAGUGUCUAUAUAUAUAUAUAUAUGUGUGUGUGUGUGUGUGUGUGUCUGUGGUAAUGUGGAUUUUGUGCAGGAUUCCAGCUUCACAGUGACAGUGCGUGCCGGGUUCGGAGCGGUGUAAAGUGGCGCUGGAGUCCAGAUCGCGUGCUCCCAAAGGCUCCCAAAGCAACCGAUUCGAAGACGUUAGUGUGCUGUGACUCUGCGGAACCCUCCAACAGCUGCAGCUGUAUCAAUAUGGGGCUGCUGUAGUUGCGUGUCUGCUGUGUGUCUGAGUCCGGUGCGUCCAGUCGACGUGUGAUCGGCGUACGAUUUCGAUGUGUUCAUCUGCCAUCAACCAUGGCCUACGAAGUGCAACCCUGGAGCUCGACGACGCACGCAACGCAUAACAUGGAGCAGAUCUCUGGGCCGCCGGCCAAAACUGGCACGUUCUACCAGACGCCCCGGUCGCACCCGUGGCGCCCGACGAUGGGGUACGAGGCGGUGGAGGUGACGCCGCUGCACGAGCAGCCCAUCACCAACCAGCUGGUGGCGUCCUCCUACUCCCCGUCCGGCAUGUGCUCGGAUCCGGUCACCUUCCCGAACCUGGUGACCGGGUUCGAGCGGAACCCGCAGCACGCGGCCCGGGCCGCCCUCUACACGCGCUACACGCCGAACGAGUGGACGACCUCGAACGUCUGCACGUACGCGGACGCGGACAAGAACCGCAACUACUCGGAGAAGGUGCGCUCCGAGGCGGUGCGGUUGAUGCGCGAAACGGACGAGAAGACGUCGCAGGGGCAGCGGGAUGCGGCCCGCCGGCUCGGCGAGCGCAUCACCGACAUCACGUUCUGGCGCAACGAGCUGACGACCGAGCUGGAGAAGCUGAUCGCCGAGUCGGCCCAGCUGACCGACACGAAGCGUAACGUGCAGAAGGCGCUGCAGGACCUGGAGCCGCCGCUCCACAUCGCCCAGGAGUGCCUGUACCACCGGGAGUCGCGCAAGGGCAUCGAGCUGGUGCACGACCACGUGGAGAAGAGCCUGCUGGUGGAGGUGGACAACCUGCGGGCGAGCCAGGAGAAGCUGUCGCAGCUGCUGGCGAAGAUUACCAAGCAGCUGGCGGACUGCCGGGCCGCCCAGCACUCGCUCGAGGAUGACAUCAGCCACAAGGAGUCGGCCCUCGGGAUCGAUUCCAUCUGUCACCAGCUCAACAACUAUAGCCGGGGCAUUAACUACUACGGCGGGAUCGAGAAGUACGAUCCGACGGUUAGCACGCCCGGCACGUGGUCCGGUUCGAGCAGUACGCGCAUUAACAACUCGCACUCGGAACGGUCGAAAUCCUGCCAGCUGCGCAGUGACGCCGAGUCACUCAUCAACGCCGUCGCCACCUCCGUCUGGGACUGCUGGAGCAACACGAACAACGCGUUCAACAACCGCGCCUCCGAGAUGCUGGAAGCAAAGAGCAAGAUGCAACUACAUCUGCACAAGACCCAGCAGGAGAUCUUCGACGUGGAGAAGCACAUCGAGCUGCUGCGGAAGGCGAUCAACGACAAAUCAAACCCGAUGAAGGUGGCCCAAACCCGGCUGGAGGCCCGCGCCCACCGCCCCGGUAUCGAGAUGUGCCGCGACAACGCUCACCUGCGCCUGGUGGAGGAGGUGUGCACGAUUCAGGACUCGGUGGCGACGCUGCACCGCAAGCUGCAGGAGGCCGAGGCGCAGCACCAGCAGCUGCUGCGCACCAAGUCGCAGCUCGAGAGCAACCUGAAGCAGAAGGUGGACGCACUGUUUAUCGAUCGCGAAAAGUGCAUGGGGCUGCGGCGCUCCUUUCCCGUGAACAACACGAUCAAAUAUUGAAACAGCAAAAUGGUACCCUGACCUGAGCCACUGAGCGGGGAAUUUCCAGCAAAAAUAUAUUUGUCAUGCGGGGCGCGGUAGAGCUUCGCGAUCGGUCGCCUACGAGUGCCCCAUCCCCGUCUUGGCUAACUCGUCAUUUGUCUCACUGCUUCUACUUAUACAUAUAUAAAUACAACGUAGCCGAACCAAACAACCCAAACACAGCAAGUAACAGCAAACGUAUCUUAUCACACGAGUAGCGCUCUGGAUAGCGAUAGAUGUACUGCCCCAGGUGUUGCGCCAUAUAACGCGCUCGAAGCAAGUAAUAAAGGUCCCACACGUCGUUGAAGUUGUUAGAUUUGCCAGACAAAAUGU